CUUUUUGUAUUCUGGGAAACAAAAAAUAAAAUAAAGAAAUCUCUUUGUUUGUUUUCUUUAUUUAUUUAUUUUUGCCUCUGCUGCUUCUUCUUGGCUCUUCCUCGGGUAACAAAGCCUUGUUUCGACUUCCCCACGGACUCUCCCUCUCUCUAUUGGAUUCAGCAAUAUGACUGAACAGAUCAGAGCAGCAAAGCCAGCAGCUUUUUUUGAGUAUGAACUCUUUGAAGGAGACCCCGACCACCUUAGAACUGUCAAAGCCACACCAACUCCGAUUGGUCCAUGGAUUGAUCCUUCCUCUCUGAAACUUAAGCAUAGGAUUGGCCGGGGCCCCUUUGGUGAUGUUUUCUUAGCAACUCAUCACCAAUUGGGUCAUGAUUUUGAGGAGUAUCAUGAAGUGGCUGUCAAGGUGCUGCAUCCAUUAAAGGAGGGUCAUACUCAAAAGUUUCUGGACAAGUUUAAGGAGUUAUUUUUUAAGUGCCAAGCACAACCAGGUGUUUGUUUGUUGCAUGGUAUAUCAAUAGUUAAAGGAAAGAUCUGCAUUGCGAUGAAAUUUUAUGAGGGAUCAGUGGGUGAUCGAAUGGCUCGGGUCAAAGGUGGCAAUCUUCAGUUGUCUGAUGUUUUAAGGUAUGGGAUCAAAUUGGCAAAAGCGAUUAUAGAGUUGCAUUCAAUUGGGACCCUGGUGCUGAACCUCAAGCCUUGUAACUUUCUGCUUAAUGAAAAUGACCAAGUGGUUCUGGGAGAUUUUGGGAUCCCAUAUCUGCUUCUUGGGAUUGCAGUUUCUAAUCCAGAAUUGGCUCUCAGACUUGGAACUCCAAACUACAUGGCCCCAGAACAGUGGAAUCCAGAAGUUAGAGGUCCUAUAUCCUUUGAGACAGAUUCAUGGGGUUUUGGAUGCAGCAUAACAGAGAUGUUAACCGGCAUUCAGCCCUGGUUUGGAAACUCAGCUGAAGAAAUAUAUCACUCAGUUGUGAUCAAGCAAGAAAAGCCACAUAUCCCAAGUGGUUUGCCCCCUGUGGUUGGGAGUGUUAUCAAUGGUUGCUUUGAGUAUGAUUUCCGGAAUCGGCCUUUGAUGACAGAUAUUCUGCAUGCAUUUUUAAGCUCAAAGAAUGCUGUUAACAGAGAUGGAGAAUCGCAUGGUAUAGGAAGCAGGGCACUUAAAUAUAGAUUGAAUGGUGUGGGUUACACGACAUGGUAUCUGUUGAAGGAUCAUCUUGAAGUGGGUGACAUGGUUCGCGCUAGAAAGCCAAUGAAUACAUACAAACCGCAAGCCAUAGAUGUUCCUGAAGGAAAGGUGGUCGCUUUGGAGGGUGACAAUGAUAAAGACAGUUUUGUUCUGGUGAAGGUACCUGGUGCACACAACCCUUUAAGAGUACAAGUUUCAACAGUCGAAAGGGUGACAUUUGACUUGGCAAUGGGUGAUUGGGUGCGUUUAAAAGAGAAAAACAAGGAGCACUCCUCAGUGGGAAUUCUACACUCAGUACAGCGUAAUGGGAGUACAACAGUUGGAUUUUUGGGGUUAGAGACUCUCUGGAGAGGUGACUCUUCUGAGCUUCAAAAGGCUAAAGCUUAUUAUGUUGGACAGUUUGUGAGGCUGAAGGCAGAUAUGUCGACUCCCCGGUUUGAGUGGCCUCGUAGGAAUGGAGGAGCAUGGGCCACUGGCAUUAUCUCACAUGUGCUUCCAAAUGGAUGUCUUGUUGUGAGUUUCCCUGGGAGGUUGGUGUUUGGAAAUGAAUCUAAUAUCUUCUUGGCAGAUCCAGCUGAAGUGGAGCAAGUGUCUUUUGAUACUUGUCCAGGAGUGGUGGAGAAAUAUCAGCACAUCGAGGAUUUUCACUGGGCUGUGCGUCCACUUGCAGUCGCGGUUAGUUUAUUUACAGCCAUGAAACUGGGCUUAUUUGUUGGACGAAACAUAGGUGCAAGGUUGAAGAAAGACCCUAGGAAUUUGAAGCGGCACGAUGGUGGCCAGAGUGGUGGAAGUGGUUGGCUUCCACCACCAGUUGCAAAUAUUCUCUUCAAAGAAGGUGCUUAGGUAAUUAUUGAUUUCUGCCCCGCAGUCAAGUUUGUUAACCGCAGAGCUAGUGAAUGAAAAUAAUUGCUUUUAAACCGAUGGCUCUACUGCCUGCUACUAGGACUUGUAACUUCUUA